GAAAGAUCUUAUGAAAAAGAGUUAUAGAAGCAUUAAUUUAAAUAAUAUAUUUCCUAUACUGCGAACUAGCUCAUCUUUUUCUUUCUUUUAAAAGCUUGCACUUGUCUUCAAUCUUAUUCCGACAAGCCUCAGCUUCUAGGAAACUUCAACUCGAAAAAAACACUCACCAUUAAUGGCUUUAGACCACCAAACAGUUGACCAUAUUGCAGAAGAUGACUAUAUCGACAUGGAAGUUAGCUCCUACUCAACCUUCUUCUGUAACUCUAUAGCUUCUCCCAGAGAGUUCGAGUUCCAAAUGUCUUCCACACCUAAAGAAAGAGAUUACUCAAUGAUGACAACUUCUCCGGCAGAUGAACUCUUUUAUAAAGGAAAGCUUCUCCCUCUUCAUCUUCCACCUCGUUUACAAAUGGUUGAAAAACUUCUCCUUCAAAACUCCAAACCCAACUUUUCUUCCUUUGAUAUGAUCAGAAACGACGAUGAAAACUUCGCUGACGAAUUCUACAGCACCCCUUUAAUGACGACAGCUCCAACACCAACGGCAACCAGUACUCCAUUCGAGUCCUGCAAUAUCUCACCCUGCGAAUCGUUCCGGAUGAGCAGGGAGCUAAGCACAGAGGAUUACAUGAACGAGUAUUACUCGACAGAGCUUAGUGAGUUCAUCAAUGAUAACGGGAAAAAGUCCUGGGGUAAGAAGCUCAAGCACUCCUCACUUGGGUCUAAGCUCAAAGCUUCCCGGGCUUACCUCAAGUCUUGGUUUGGAAAAUCAGGCUGCUCGGACGAAUCAUGCACGGCUUAUAAGAACGUAGCAGAGAAGAACCCAUUUGGGAAAACUGAGAAAGAGAAAUGCCAGACAUCGAAUUCAGCCAUGUUAAGGAGUUUCAAGAAAGAAAAGAAGGUGAUCACGAGUAACACUGAGGUCGAUGGUGGGGCCCGCCAUAGAAGAUCAUUCUCUUUGGCUCUCUUAAGACAUUCAUCAAACAAGUUCAGUUCUUCUUCUUCAUCAUCUUCAUCGUCAUCAUCCUCACCCUCUGGUUCAUCUUCUUUUUCUUCAUCAAACAACUGUAAUGGGAUUAAUCAAGAACUAAAGCAGUUGAAGAGAUGUGGGAGUGCAAAGCAUUCAGAGAUUGAGAACUCAAUCCAGGGAGCUAUUGCCCACUGUAAGCAGUCUCAGUUUAAUUCCACACACACUGUGAGAAAUGACAAAGUUGGUAAAUUUUCAUUGUCAGCUUUAAAAGUUGGAGUCUGUGAGGAACAUGAUACACCAGAAGAACUUUCCAGAGGAUGAAAGAGAGAAAAAACAAGAGCAAGGUACAAACUUUUUUUUUUCGUUUUAUUUUAUUUUUUUGAUUCCCCUUGAUUAUGCUGUAUUUUUCUUUGAUUUUUGUAUUUCAUAAAUUUGACAAAAGGGUUAUGUUUGAUUCUGAGUUAGUGUACUUGUAAAAUGUCAAAACAAGUAAAAAAGGGUUCCUUUCUAAA